UCUCUCCACGAAACCCGUCUACUCUCCAGAUCACCAGCAUCAGAAACAACAAGGAACAUCUUGCACUUCCUCACCUCAACGCCUCUCACACUUGAACUUGCUACUUGCACCUGUGCAUACCUCGCUCAAGCCCAUCCACUCGACCAUCCACUUACACGGGACCGCCUCUACCGCCGUCCUCCAACAACAACAACAACACCACAACUCAAGCCUCACAGCUUUUUACAUCCUCACAAUGCCUGCCCAGCGACCUUCUCACCUUCCUCCCUGCCCGGGCCCCCCGCCCAGCCGACCUCUUCCUCCUCUGCCUAAAUGAGUGCCGCUUCUCUGAGGACCACCAUUCGAACUUCAGAACAAGAACUGGCUAUACACACUCUGUCAUGGGCUAUCCGGAACUCCACACAUAUAUACAAGGUUUUCAAUCUUUUCUUUUUAUAUUUCGAGAUGCGGAACCCCAAUGGCCUCUGCUCCUCCGUCGUGGGGAACGAGACGCAGGGUUCCUGUCGGCAACGGGAAAAUCGCAAGCCAUCUGCUAUGCGAAGCGGAUCUGUGAUGCACGUCACCACUCUAUUACCACUCUGUAAUACAAAUGCCUCUACCGCUGCGGGGCUGCAACAUCACACAAUCUACAUGCGACGCGCUCUCCCGACCUGGACUCUCGCCGCCACGGCCGAGAUGCAGUCACACCUGCUGCUGCAGCAAACCCCACCGAGCUGGGCCUCAGCGUGUCGACAUGCAAUCACCAACCCUGCUCUCACCGGCAUUGAUCAGAGAAACAGCAGCUUCUCUCAAUACAACACAACCGCAUAGCCGCAGGUUGCACCAUUCUCUCAACGCUUGGCCACCUGACGGGCUGCGUGCAUCUCGCUCUCCACACCGUCCUCGCUGGCUCGAGCGGGUUACUUGCGCAUCUUUCUUUUACAUCUUCGACUUCGCUUGUGUUGUAUUGCGAUUCAAAUCUCAUACACGCUCUUCUCUUUAAUACUACCUAUAUAAUACUUUGGGGCACUUUCUUCUUUCUUUCUUUUUUAUUUCAUUUUGGAGUUUAUGCAUAUCUAUUUGACGUCUAUGGAGGGCGGAUGGGGGAACAACAUCAUCGGACGAUUAGGGAUUGGGAGGGAUCACACUGUACUAUUACUAUCAAGGAGCAUUCGUGGGUGCGUCGCGGAAUACCCUGGGAUGUUGACGACCCGUUUACUUUUGGCUUGGGAAUAUGAUUUGGGCAACGAUUGAAACGCGGGAUUGAGACUAUCUGAUUACUAUUAUUUUGCCCAGUUUGGCGAACAUAGACAUACUUUGCAAUGAAAGCCUUGCGCAUUUCUGCCACUCUUACGC